AUGGCCAUGACCACCAAGGCCUUUGACGGCAAGAAGGGCUUAAGCAACAAAUCCGGUCCGGUCACAGACGAGUCUCAGCUGCUCAACGACACUGUCGUUCACCAAGACAAUGGCACCUUCUCCAAACUGCGCCGGCGAGCAGCCCGGAGAAAUUGGGCGUCGAUAGCGAGGCCAAUGACCGCAAGCGUAGUGUUAAGGAUCCCUACUGAUCCUAACUGGGUUAGGGUUCUCAGCAACAAUUCUAGUAUAGCAUAA